GCAGUUCCAGGCUGCCGGCGGCGUGUUCCUCUUUCCCUGGGUUCCCAGCUUCCUGGCAGGUGGACGCCGGCACUUCCCCGUCGGUCUCCCGCCGCGGCCUGCCUCGGGCUCCGGACGCUCUCCCGAAGUCGCUGCUCUGGGUCGCACGCCUCCUCUGGCGACAGACCAUGGCGGAGCGUGGGGAGCUUGACCUGACGGGCGCCAAACAGAACACCGGAGUGUGGCUGGUGAAGGUUCCUAAAUAUUUGUCACAGCAGUGGGCGAAAGCCCCUGGCAGAGGUGAAGUUGGGAAACUGCGGAUUGCCAAGAAUCAAGGAAGGACUGAGGUGUCAUUUACUCUGAAUGAGGAUCUUGCAAAUAUUCAUGAUAUUGGCGGAAAACCAGCUUCAGUCAGUGCUCCGAGAGAACAUCCAUUUGUCUUGCAAAGUGUUGGAGGACAAACAUUAACAGUAUUUACUGAGAGCUCAUCGGAUAAGCAUUCCUUGGAAGGAAUAGUGGUACAGAGAGCUGAAUGCCGACCUGCUGCCAGUGAAAACUACAUGCGAUUAAAGAGAUUGCAAAUAGAAGAAUCUUCCAAACCUGUAAGGCUAUCACAGCAACUCGACAAAGUUGUGACAACCAAUUACAAACCCGUGGCUAAUCAUCAACACAAUAUUGAAUAUGAAAGGAAAAAGAAAGAAGAUGGAAAACGAGCUCGGGCUGAUAAACAAUACGUUUUAGAUAUGCUGUUUUCGGCUUUUGAGAAACAUCAGUAUUACAAUCUUAAGGACUUGGUGGACAUCACCAAACAGCCUGUGGUGUACCUGAAGGAAAUCUUACAAGAAAUUGGUAUUCAGAAUGUAAAAGGGAUCCACAAGAACACGUGGGAGCUGAAGCCGGAGUACAGACACUACCAAGGCGAGGAGAAGAGCGACUAGGAGGCUGCGCCGCGCGCAGAGCCCGCUGACGCGGAGCCGGAGUGGCAGCGGGAGGGGUGAAACGCUGGUGCUUCCAUUUCUGUAGGUAAAGUUUUAAACAGUAACUCUUGAGAAGCUACCCAAGUGUUUUUUGAGGAGAAAGAACAAAAUUAUUUAUAGAUUUGUAUUAAAUCAGAUUACUCGUGAUGGGGUUAGGGUUUGGGGGGGUGUAAGAGGCUCUUCUUUUUGAAUAGUAACUUUUAAAAUGUAAAAUUAGGAAAUGGUUUCUAAAUUGUUUUUAUAUCUGAGGAGCUGAGGUUAUGCAAAUCCUGAGUGAAUGGCACAGCAAUAAAAACAUAGUCAGUGACAGAAACUCAGAAGGAAUAAAAAGCCAAAGUUCCCUAUUCUGAAAUUGUCGAAGAGCAAAGCUGUCUUUUGUUUUUUUUACAGGUGAUCAUGUUUCCUAUUCACACAUGUUAAUAAAAGGAGAGUAUUUAUGUUUGUACUAGAAUAGCAGUUUUCCUCAGUGGUGACAUAAGAAAUGGAGAAAGCCAUGGGCAAUUGGUGUUUAUUUGCUUUUAAAAUAAUUAGAAAUUAAGUACUUUCCCAACAGUUCAAGUUAUGUCUCCGCCAUUGAGGUUCUAAGCUUCUCAAAGACUGACUUUGCCCCAGAGCUUCACUGCACGCUCAGCAGGCAUGGACUGACUGUCACGUGACAAACGAUAGUGACAGACUAAGGGACAGUUGCAGGGUAAGGCUGCUGUGUAUGGACAGAAAGGUUAAUGUCAGUUUCUUAUCUUUCUUAUCUGGAAAUGUUUCUUAUCUUUCUUUUUAACUGAUUUUUAAAUAAAAGCAAUACAUGUCCAUGGUUAAAGGGUUAAAGUUUUUCUAGCACAAAAUAUUAUAUUUGGGCACUCCAAAAAUCAUACCCACAAACAAGACCAAGACAGAAGAAGUUUUCACAAACUAAACACAAUGAAAAGUUGCUUUUUACUUGUUCACUUUGUCUAUUGCUUCUGUAUGCUUGGAACCAAGAAGUAGCAAAUGCCAAAAAGUUAAGGAAAUGUCAUGUAAUUAAAUCAAGGAAAUAUCUA